AAUAAUUAGGAAGGAGACGUAGGAAAUAAAUGUUGGGAAGAGAGAAAAAGCGCGUCUUGUCUUCUCCGGUGAAUCGAAGUUGGUCCCAAGCCACUCAUCAAUCAACCGUGUUACCUUUUCUCACUGUUUAUUAAUUUAUUAAUGCUUCCAAUUUUCUUGCUUCAUUCAUUCACACUUUACAAAUAUUCAGCUUCUUUUUCUCCUACGUACGUACCCAUAUAAAACGACGAACCAAGGCAUCUUUUUUCACCAUUCACGCUUCUGCCCUCUUAGUACUACUUCUCAUCUCCCUCUGUUCCUCGAGCCAUAGUUGGCUGCCCACCAUGGCAGAAGAUACUACUGCCCUAAGUUAUUGGUUGAAUUGGAGGUUCUUCCUAUGUGCAGUAUUUAUUUUAAUGACUAUGGGUCUAGCAUCAUUUUUGAUAUGGAAGUAUGAAGAAUUCAAUAAAUUGAGGAAUGAGAGAAGAGAAAGGCAGCGAGAAACAGCUGGUUCGCUUUAUGAGGAUGAAGCAUGGAAUACAUGUCUUAAAGGAAUUCAUCCUGCUUGGCUGCUUGCUUUCAGGAUAUUUUCUUUUAUUGUGCUUUUGGCUUUGAUCAUUACCAAUGCGGUUGUUGAUGGAGGUGGCAUAUUUUUCUUCUACACUCAGUGGACAUUUACUUUGGUCACUAUUUACUUUGGGCUUGGGUCUUGUGUUUCCAUAUAUGGAUGUUACUAUAAACACAAUCAAACUUAUUUAGAGGCUGAAGAAGGCUCUUAUGUGGCUCCUUCACUUGAUGGGACUGCAGAAUUACCUACCCUGUAUAAGAAUUCCAGUGCCUAUCAGGAGCCCCACUCUAGGAAUACUGCUGGUGUAUGGGGUUACAUUUUUCAAAUAAUUUUUCAGACUUGUGCAGGUGCUGUAGUGCUCACUGACAUUGUAUUCUGGCUUGUCCUUUAUCCAUUUAUGACACCCCAUGAUUUCCAGCUGAAAUUUAUGGAUGUUUGCUUGCACUCCCUUAAUGCUAUAUUCCUCCUCGGAGACGCAUCAUUGAAUUGCAUGAGGUUUCCAGUGUUUCGAUUUGCAUAUUUUAUUUUGUGGACGGCUAUAUUUGUGGUUUUUCAGUGGGUCAUCCAUGCUUGUGUUUCAUUAUGGUGGCCCUAUCCUUUCCUUGAUUUGUCAUCCCCAUAUGCGCCCUUAUGGUACUUAGCUGUGGGUGUAUUGCACAUUCCAUGCUAUGGCGUUUUUGCUUUGGUAAUGAAGUUGAAGCACUUGUGGCUGUCAAAAUUGUUCCCUGAGUCCUGUCAGUUUGUACGGUGAUAAUACAUUCAAGAAUAGUCAUCGGAGUAGGGCUACUUUCACUGUGGCAAAAGAAUAUUUGAUCUGAAUAUCAGAAUUGAAUCCCCCCUCCCCUCAAAAAGUGUUUAGAUGACUGUAUUUUAUUUUGUUUUUGCGGGUGUAGUUGUGGGGAUAUGUAUUUGUAUUUGCUACUUUAGAUUGAAUUCAUGAAACUUCUCUGAUCUAACCAUGUUUAUGGUAUGGUGUCUUCCAUAAUAUCCUCCUACAUCGAGUUAAUCAGCCUAAGUAAAAUCUGCAUAACUAUUUUGUAUUCA